UGGCGCUGCGCUGAUGGCAUACAAAAAAGUCGGUCUUUUUUAUUAUAACGGUAAAUGACUGGAGUUACAGUUUGGUAAGCCGAAUCAAGAUGAAUGUUACGGUUGCCUAAAAUAAAUCAUUGUUUCCACCUGUUUACUCGGAUGUGUUACGCCGUUUCCAUCAUUCCAACAUAGCACGGACUACAGCUGGUUGCGCGUCGUGAAAGUGAGUUAGUGGUUUAUUUAUGACUGGGUAAAGUCUAUCGAGGGUUGGGUUAUGCGCUCCAAGACGACGCCAGAAAUCAGUUAUUCUCUGUGUUUCGCUGGUGGAGAGGACAUUGUAAACGACAAUGAAGCUGAUCAUUGAAAACGACUACGACCGAGCCAGUGAAUGGGCUGCCAAGUACAUCAAGAACAGAAUUACAAAAUUCAAGCCCGGUCCGAACAAGUACUUUACGUUAGGACUUCCAACAGGAGGCACACCUCUUGGAUGUUACAAGAAACUGAUUGAGUUUCACAAGAAAGGCGAGAUCUCCUUUCAGUAUGUCAAAACAUUCAACAUGGACGAGUAUGUAGGGAUUCCCAGAGACCAUCCGGAAAGCUACCACUCCUUCAUGUGGAAUAACUUCUUCAAGCACAUUGAUAUCAAAGCUGAAAAUACCCAUAUACUGGACGGCAACGCAGCCGACCUACAGAAGGAAUGCCAGGCCUUUGAGGAGAAGAUCUCAGCAGCUGGAGGCAUUGAGUUGUUUGUUGGGGGGAUUGGACCCGAUGGCCACAUAGCCUUCAACGAGCCUGGCUCCAGCCUGGUGUCCCGGACGAGGGUGAAGACCCUGGCCAUGGACACCAUCCUGGCCAACGCCCGCUUCUUCGAUGGGGACCUCUCCAAGGUGCCCACCAUGGCUCUGACUGUCGGAGUGGGAACGGUCAUGGACGCCAGAGAGGUCAUGAUCCUGAUCACGGGGGCACACAAGGCCUUCGCCCUGUACAAAGCCAUAGAGGAGGGGGUCAACCACAUGUGGACGGUGUCUGCCUUCCAGCAACACCCCCAGACCAUCUUUGUGUGCGACGAGGACGCCACCCAGGAACUUCGAGUCAAAACUGUGAAAUACUUCAAAGGGAUGAUGCAUUACCACAACACACUGGUGAACCAGUAGCCAAAGAAAGACCAGAUGAAAACAACACUGAAGAUGUGGGAUCUGUGUUGUUAAAUAAUGACAUUUUGAAAAAAUACAUUUGUUUUACUUAAUUUGUCUUUUACUUAUAAUCUCAAAGUAAAUGCUCUACUAUUGUGUGUAGGUGAGAGAUUAUGUAACCUACUAUUUUCACUUUUUGUAUGUUUCACAAUACUCAAUAAAAGAGCUUUGAAUGA